AUGGAGCGAGUCGCAGAUGUUAGCGUCAUCAUUUGCGGCUACGUGGAGAUGAUCUUGGACGCCUUGUCCUCUGAGGCGAUCGUGGCGAGCUUUGGCAUUCUCCGACUGCUACGCCUGGCGCGCGUCAUGCGGCUGCUGCGGCUGCUGCGAAAGAGUCGUGCCCUGCGAGAGCUGCAGAAGCUGGUGAUAAUGAUGUCUACCUGCAUGAAGGCUUUGAUUUGGUCCUUCAUCUUCUGCUUCGUCAUUAUGACGGUAUGGGCGAUGCUGAUGGUUGAGAUGGUACAUCCCAUCAUUCAGGACUUGUACAAAGACAAUCCAGGAAUCUUCGGAGAUUGCGAGCAAUGUUUGCGAGCAACUCAAUCUGUGAUGGAUGCGAAUUUGUUACUCUUCAAGACGGUCAUCGCGGGGGACUCAUGGGGCUUGAUCGCAGUUCCUGUCAUUGAGAAACAUCCUGCCACGGCCAUCAUCUUCGUUGGUUCCUUGCUGACCUUGGUUUUCGGAGUAUUGAACUUGAUCGUGGCAGUCGUGGUUGAUACCUUCGCUGAUGCGAGGGACAGAGACAUUUUAAACUUGGCGGAAGAGAUGGAACAAGAUAUGGAAGCAGACAAGAGAUUCCUGGAACGGAUCUUCAAUCGUAUUGACGUGGAAAAAUCCGGCCAUCUGAGUUUGGAGCAGCUGGUUGAUGGUGCCCGGAAAGAUGCGGAGUUCCAGAGUCGUUUGCGGGUCAUGGACAUCGAUGAGAUGGAUUUGGCCCAACUCUUUGAUAUGAUCGACACAGACGGCAGCGGCUUCAUCGAGAGCAACGAAUUCAUCCGUCCGCUGUCACGCUGGGUGCACGACAGCAAGACGGCGCCACGAUUCAUUAAAUACAACUUGAUGCGCACCAUGCAGCAACAGGAAGAGAUUCAAGCUGCGCAGUCAGCCUUGAAAGAGAGCAUCGAGAAGAACUUCAACGCGAUCUCCGAACGAAUGGAUUUGAUCUCCCAACCGUCCAGCCCCUUGAUCACCCGGAGUGCCAUUCCUCGAGAUCUCUCCGCUCCCGGUUACCGGUGGCAACACGUGGAGACGCAACCCAUGGAAGCGGUGCUCUCGCGGCGGGAUGAAGGUGUGGAGCAACCACAUCCCUCCAAAAAAGUCACCACCUUGGUGCAGAAGAUGGAAGAAUCUGAGGCAAAUCUCCAAGAGUCCAUAAAUCGCUUGGAAGAUCUGGUAAUGAAAGCCACCGAGUCGGCCCUAAAGGAUUCCACAGACCUCAUAGGUCACAUGCUAUUGGAGAAGCUGAAAAGCUCGCCUAUCAGUGAGGAGCUGCACUUUGCCUGGCCCUCCACAACAAGUCGCGCUGCCGCACUGCAUGCUGUGCCGGCACCAGAUGCUGUGCCAGUUGUGGAUCUCCUCACCGACGACCGUGACCAGCUCGGAACUGCUCGGCUUCGCCGCGUCGGUUGGCGCACGCUGCUGCCAGCAGUGCUCGGACUGUUUGCCUUGGUGACGCUGGCAGUUUCAAGACAGCAACUGCCGGAGCCUACGGGUUCCACGGGCUCAACGGGCACUCAAGUCGCGCACGUGCACGUGACCGACCUGGAUGCCUCUGUGCAAUCCAAGAAGGCUCCCCAGUUGCCUGAAGGAACUGCACCAUACUCUCGUUCCACGGUGAGUUUGCCGAGCUCUGCUUCGAAUGCCAGCAAACUUCUACCAGUCGUGAUGUUUCAUGGAGCAGCAGAGUCUGAGAAGGAGUUCAUCCAGGUGAAUCACUGGAUUCGAUCUGAACACCCAGGAACCUUCACUGUGCUGGUGAACCUCUUCACGGGCACCAACAGCUUCAGUCCACUGGAGGAGCAAGUUGGAGGGCUCUAUGGGUACCUCAGUCGGCUGGUGGAGGACUUCCCUGAACAGUUUCAUCAUGGCUACAACCUGCUUUGCCAUUCCCAGGGCGCGCUGGUGUGCCGCGUGGCCGUGCAGGUCAUGGAUCAUCACCGGGUGGUGAAUUUUAUCUCCCUGGCUGGACCUCAGAUGGGCGUCUAUGGCACGACCUGGCUGGAAUCUGCUCAGCCCUUCUUGGAGAAAAAUCUGCCAAUCCCUCCGUUGCCACAGUUCAUCCCAACCUCCAUCAUGUCGAUGGGCGCCGACAUCCUGGCCAGCAACUUUCACACCUUCGCCUACGGAUCGCUCCAAAACUCCAGCUCGUUAGCCAAUUUGUGGCACGACCCCUUGCAUGAGGAAGACUACCUGAAAGGAAAUGCCUUUCUGCCUCGUGCCAACGGCGAAGUGGGCCGCGGCAGUGUCGGCAAAGGCAACUUUGUGAAGUUGAGGAAAGCCGUGUUUCUGGUUGGCAGUUUCCAAGAUCGCGACUACGACUCAAAACUGGGCUUGGAACCAUGGCAAUCUGGAAUCUUUGGCUUCUACAAACCAGGCACGGAUGACGAACUUCUUCCGAUGAAGAAGCAGAAGCUCUUCCGUGAGGACGCCUUUGGCCUCCGCACCUUGCACGACAGUGGCAGACUGCAUGUGGAAGCGGUGCCCAACGUGGAGCAUGGCGAAUGGCUCUCUUCGCGAAAGGUCUUCCAAAGCAGCUGGGCCGCGGCACUUUCUUUGGAUAAAGCCGUAGAGAAUACCGCCAUCAAAAGCAUAGAGAUUUAG